AUGUCUGUACAACCCUUGUCGGGUCCGUCUACAGCCCCGUCACCAUCGCAACGGAACAAAUGGGUCGACAAAUUAACCUCACGCUUUGGAAACCGGAAUCGAAAUAUAUCAGAGUUCUAUGUCCAACCCGAUGAUCCGUGGAGGAGUUACUUCCCAGGGGACAUUAUCAAUGGCACGGUGGUCUUGACAGUGGUUAAGCCAAUCCGUAUAACACAUCUGGUUGUUUGCCUGCAUGGCUAUGUUAAGGUGUUCAAGAACACCAUUUUGCCGGGCGAAGCCAGUCCCGAAAUUGGGUUCCUUGGUCCUGGCAGAGGAAGAAGAGCGGGCGAGUAUAUGGGCAAUGGAUUUGCAACUCUUUUUGAAGAUGAAUUGGUACUUUGUGGUGAUGGACGCCUAAAACAAGGCAUCUACAAGUUCAAAUUCGAAUUGGGAUUGCCUCCUUACAACCUUCCAAGCAGUAUAAACUUUGAGCGCGGGACAAUAUCCUACAUAAUUUCAUCUACUUUAACUCGUCCUACCACAAUCGGCCCUACAUUAUCUUGUCAUCGACGAAUAACCGUCCUAGAAAACCUCGACAUCGCUCCGUUCCCUCCCCCCAAACCUCGCAUCGUUUCUUUAGAACCGGUUACAAAGAAAUCUAAAUCUAGAUUCAAACAGAGAGCCCCAUCAGGCGAACAAAUCCAUGAUUCCACGCCAAAUGGACUCAACGUGCAUGAUCCAAUGCCGCCCUUGAGUCCUGCUCCGAGUGAAGUUAGUGGCUCUAGUCGUUUGAGUACAAGCAGUCAAAGCUUUCAGGUCGUCGGAGACUCGAAUAGGACAGCUAGUGUGCGUAGCACAUCCGCGUCGUUUGCCGAAAAAAACAUCACCGCAACAGCAGAACUCUCAAGAUCUGGAGCGCUUCCUGGUGAUACCAUCCCAAUCAAAAUCAGUAUCAACCACACUCGGCAAGUUCGCAGCCCCCAUGGUAUCAUUAUCACGUUAUUUCGACAAGGCAGAAUUGAUAUGCAUCCCGCUAUACCGCUUGGACCUUCGGAUGCUGAUGGUAAAAGAAUUUAUGAAGACUUCAUACCCAAAUCAAGAACUGGGCUUAGUGGACUUUCUUUGGGCACGGGCCGGAGUAGCAGUGUUUUUCGAAAGGAUCUUUCUCAAACAUUCGCACCCUUGAUUGUUGACCCUAUGACCAUGACGGCGGCCAUCAAAACCUCGAUCAGAUUACCGGAAGACGCUUUCCCCACCAUCACUCGCGUUCCUGGUGCGAUGAUAAGUUUUAGGUAUUAUGUCGAGGUGGUAAUUGAUUUACGUGGUAAAUUAGCCACUUCAGACCGCUUUUUGCCUCGAUUGAAUAUGGUUUCUGGUGGUAGCAACUUUUCAAGCAGCGGCCAAGUUUUAUCCUUCCCUGACCAAACUAGCAGCUCAAUAACAUCGAACUGGUCUGGUAAUAUCUUGGAUACCGAUCAAAUUCGACGUGAGAAGGGGGUUGUGGCUGUAAUGUUUGAAGUUGUGGUUGGGACACGUGAUUCAAAUCGACGACAGCCACAGCAUGUGGAUGAAUCUGCGUUAAGUUCUGACGGUACAAACAAUCAUUACUCUGGAGAUCAUGAUACCUCUGAUGCCUACUACAAUACACAGAUGGAAGAACAAGGCCCUGAAUAUUAUCCAUACGAUGACUACCACGACCCUGAAGAUGCGUCCUACUGGCAAGAGCAUCCCGUCGCAGAUGACCAUCACUAUCAAUCACUUGGGGGGACUUUACUCCCUCCGGAAUCUCACGAACCAGAAGACGAGAAAACUCGACUGCGGAGAGCAGAAGAAAUGCUUCUUCCUAGCCAGCCUCCCGGAGAAGGAGUUGCCGGACCCUCAACGGUUGUGUCAGCGCCGACAGCACCCGAUAUCCCUGAAGACGAAUCUUCAUACGACCUUAUACAAACACAGAUUAGCAAUGACGUCCCGGCGACUAUGUCUGUCGAUACCAUUGUACCAGGCCCUAGUCAAGCCAAUCAUUUAAGUGACCAGACUUCCUCGCGGCCUGAUGAUAAACAAGAGCUUGAGAGACAACGCCUUAUGACGGAGGCUAGUGCUCCAUCAUCUCAACCAGAGGGUAAUGCUCAUGAUGAUGGUGGUACCCAUGCCACUCCUACAGCACCGAUCUUAGAUGAGGAAGAUCAAAUUAGCAAUCUAGAUGCCGGGGGUGGCGAAGCCCUUCCCCGAUAUCAGCGUUGA